AUGGAUAAACAACCGGAACUAGGAAUCAGAAUGAAAUUGGGAUCACGGAAAGUUAGAACUUUAAAUACACUGGGUGUAUUACAAUAUGUCUUAGAUACAUUUAAAUCAUAUAAAAUACAACUAUUAGCCUUACAAGAAAUCAGAUGGCCUAAUAAAGGAAACAAUGGAAACAAAGGAAAUAAAGGAACUUUAUUCUACAGUGGAACAAAUAAUGGUGUUCGGGAAAAUGGUGUGGAUAUCAUAGUACACAUGAACGCUUACUACCGUAUGUUAAAGUCUUUGAAUCAGUAAAUGACAAUUUUGCUAUAUACUCUCAAAGGGAAAAUUUUUCGAUAUUGCAGUAAUAUCUUGUUAUGGUCCAACCGAAGAAAAGGAAGACGAAAAGACGAAAAGUUUAUGAGGAACUAGAAGAAGUUUAUCACAGUCUAUCUAGACAUAGUAUUAAAAUAUUUUAAAAAACUAAUACAGAAUGAGAUAGAAAAAAAUAACGAGGAGAAUUUGAUAGAGGAUAUAGAAAAUCAAUGGAGCCGAAUAAAACAAAUUAUAAUAGAUUGCGUCUCAGUGGAAAUUCAUCAAAACGAGAAGGAAAAAAAAUGGUUUAAUGGUAAGUGUUGAGAAGCAGUAAAGAAACGAUUUUAAAAUAAAAUGAAAAUUGGAGAAAAGAAACCCAGAAAAUAUUAAAAAGAGAAAAAAAUAAUUGAUAUGAAGACAAAAAUAACAGAAAUAGAAUAAAACAGAAAAAAUCCCAAAUAAUUUUUGAACACAACAAUCAAACUAAAGAAAGUUUCAAACCGCAUUUUUUUUUUAAUUUUAUAAAAAAACUGUUAGGAAUCUUAGAUAUUAUUUUCAAAUGAAGUACGACCAUAUUUUAAGGUACGGCAUGAGAAAGAUCAAAGGUCAAAGCGAUUUUAUUAACCGGAAAAGAGUUUUUCAUGAAAAAAAAAAACACAUCUUUGUAAAUUUAAAAAUAUUUCCGCUACACUCAGAAAUUAAAAACUAUAUUUAAUGUAAAUAAAAAGUAAAACGUUUUCUAAACUAAGUUUUUAGGUCAAUGUAUUUAAUAAAAAUACAGUAGGUACCUAUGUGGACGUAUAUAAAUGAUUAUUAUUAUAAUUUAGGUACCUACCUAUGUUAUACAUAUAGGUACAGUUAUAUAAAUACGCAUAAUUUUUAAAUACACCGGAGAAAAAAUAAAAAGCAUUUAUAACCAGAAAAUAAACAAUAAUGACGUAAUAUUGAAAAUAAAUAUUUUUUUAUACCUCUGUCGGCAUAGUUAUUAGGUACUUUCCAGUGUUGAACUCGCGUGAUAUUGCAGCGUUAAGUAUUAUAGGUAGUAUUGUAUUAUAAGUAUUAUACUCACUGCAAACAGACGAGUAUACAGAAUUUCGUGUUGGAUAUGACUUACAAAAAUAAGUUAGUCAUUUGCGAGAUUUUAGAAACCGAAAAAUCGUAUGUAAAUCAUCUGAGAGAAAUAAUCGUAGUAAGUGUAAACUUAUUUAAAAUGCAUUAUUAUUAAUUUCAUCGUAAAAAUAUCUAAAGUCAAAAUGAUUUUACCUUCAUACCUAUUUUUUUCUCACUAAAUACCGUGUCAUGUUGUGCUGCAAAUUUGGAUCUCCAUCACUUUUCUUUGUUCAAUUUCUUCAUUUCGGCAUACCGGAUAUGUAAUCAGUUUAUGAAUCAUCGUUUCAUCGUUAAAUGUCUUCCUGAAUCUUCCUUUUCGUUUAUGAUCGUUUAUGGACAAAUUAUUGUUAAAAGUUUUACCGAAACGAAUUGUGUCUUAACAUGCUAUUGAAAAAUGUUCCACUCAUUUCCCUCAUAGUACUAACCUGAAACCAUUCCCCCCCAUUUCGUUUAGUAAACUUUUAAGUAUCAUUCUUUUCCAAAUUCAUAAUACAUAUUGAAUUUUUCGAUUGGAAAAAAUAAUAUAUGCGUUAGGUCUAAACAAUUAAAAUAGUUUAUGUUCAAUAGUUAUAGAUAAAGCCAUUUUUAUACAAUUAAAUUCAAAUGUUUAACCCACUUGUACACAUACUUGGUAUAAAGAAGUAAUCAUAUUUCUCGUGUCAGGAGUAUUUGGAGUAUUGGAAACAUAGACAAAUAUUAUCGAAAGAACUAUGCAAUAAAUUGUUUGGAAACAUCACGGAAAUUUAUGAAUUUUCAAAGUAGGGUAUUACUAAUUUACACAUUUUUAUAAUCUCGGUUAAUAAACAUUUUAUGUUUUAUACUUUUGUAAAAAUAUAUAUACAGAAUAUUUUUAAACGAACUAGAGUUGGCCAACAACAGCGUAUCGCAAAUUGCUCGUUGUUUUUUAAACAAUCAUCUUAGAUUCAUCGUAUACUCAACAUAUUGCAUACAUUUUCAAGAGUAAGUUGUGAUAUCAUACAAAAAUAUUAGAAACCAAAGGUUUAUUAAAUAUUACAAGAAUUGAUUCGUUAUUAACGUUUUUAGCUCCAGUGUUGUAUUAUCGGAAAUAAUGCAUAGUCGACCGACAGUAAAUAUCGUACGUCAAAGGCAAAAGGAAUUAGGACAUCGUCUUCCUCUCAGUUCCUACCUUGUACUGCCAAUACAGCGGAUUCUCAGAUAUCAUUUAUUACUCAAGGUACCUAUCAAACUAAAGACUGAAAUAGCAGCAUCUUGCAGCUAUUUUGCAUUAUUAUAGUUAAUUGCAAAUUAAGUAAGACAGCGCAAAAAUAAGUAUAAUUUUAUUCACUCAUAGAGUGAGAUAAUAAUAAUAAUAAUAUACAUAGUACAAUGUGAAUUUUGUUUUUUGGAAAUAAUUUUUUUGGUGAGUAAAAUGCUCAGCUUUUUUUUAUACAAUACCUUAAGAAUUAAAUGAAGCGAAACCAUCCGGUGAUAAUUCUAUGUUCUUUUUUUGUUUUUUUUUCUUGAAAGAAUUUUUUCGGCGCUACCUUUUAACAUUCUCAAGGGUUUUUCUGUACAAUUUAAAAACUGACCACAAAUAUCGAUGAUACGUCGGUUUUUAUUGCAAUGAUUUAUCAUUGCUUUUAGUAUGUAAAUUAAAUUACCCUAUAUUCUAUAUAUUUAAAGUUUUCUACCUAAUACACACUAUAGUUGAAGUGGGAACUAUUUUGAAAGGGGACUAUAUUUACCGAAAAUUGAAGAAUGUUCCCGAGAACUAACGAAAUUUAGUCUAAUUUUCAGGAAACCCAUCAUGGAGAUAAGACUUCUAAAAUGUUUUCCUCUCACACACACAUGUUCAUAAUGUUGUACUAAUUGCGAUUAAAAAUAAACUGCAGUCCCCUCAAAAAUUAUUCUACACAUAUUCCUGCUCAGUAAUAGUAAACAGAGUCUGAUUACGUAUAAUGUAAAAAGUAUUCAAAAAUUUAUUUUUUAUAAAAUUAAUUUAAAUUUUUAAAAUUCCAUUUAAAAUAUCUCAAUGACAAUAACUAAAGCGUUCCCUUGGACUUCGAAGACUCAAAUUAAAAGGGGCUGGUCAUUUUAGCUUUUACAAGAAGGGGGCUCCGUACUCCCACUUUAAAUAUUGACUACACGUGUAGCCACCCAGUACCCGUGGUGUAAAGUACGUCAGGCAUUGUAUGUUUAAAUAUUUAAAUAGUUUAAUAAUAGGAAAUAUUUUUGUGUACGUUUUUAUUUUUAGAAAUUAGCAGCGUAUACUUCGGAAGAUGAAGCCGAUCAUGCGUUAGUUACAAAAGCUUACAAUAAAAUGGUUCUUUUGGCUAAAAUCAUCGACGAAACGAAAAAUAAGUACGAAAAAGGAGGACGCGUUAAGAUGAUGCGAUCGAUAAUUAAUCAAUGGAAGAACAAAUCAAAUGUAUAAUAAUUGUAGCGUAGUAUCAUAGACAAUAAUAAUAUUAAUAUUAAAAAUAUAGUAGGUAUUAUUAUUGUAAUUUUUUUUUUUAUCAAGCUUAGUUCGUAUGUGAAACAUAACAAAAACAGUAACAUCAUUAUUAUUAGUAGGCACUAAUUUUAAUUCGUGCUUCAUUAGAGAUUUACAAUAAUAGAUAGUAGACAAUUAUAUUAUAAUACAAUUUAAAUUGGCUUUACAACGUAUUAUUCUUUCGACAGGUCAAGCUCCCUAACAAUUGUUUCGAAUUGCACGCCGAAGGCGAUUUAAUGAUCGCGGGAACGAAGAAGAAACUCCACGUGAUUCUAUUGAACAAUAUGUUAUUGAUCGCCAAGGAACAAAAAUGCGGACUGUUAGAAUACAAAGCUCAUAUUUCGGUGAAUUUUCCAUAUGUAGUUAAUUAUUUUAGUAUAUCUAUGUACAAAUUAAAAAUGUAAAAAAAAAAAAAAAAUGUAUCUUUUAUAGAACCGGAACAUAAUCGUAAUAGAAAACGUGAAAGGAAAUCCGCUUGGUUUUCGUUUAGUGUCCAACGACGCGGAGACUAAUUAUUCGUUUACAUUCCAGGUAAAUAUAUAAUCAUGGCAGUAGAUAUACUAAUUAUACUUAAGAUUUAAGAUUUAUCUUGUUAAAAAAAGAAAAAAUGAAAGAAUCAACAACUGCUUAUGGUUUUAUAUAAAGGUGUUUUUAUGAUCGUUGUUAAUUAUAUUAUUAUGAACUAUAGACUAUAGUGUUAAUUUUCAUAAAGUAUUGAUAUAAUAACUGAUAAGUGGAUAAAAUAAAGAGGUAUGUCACCAAAAGUACGUGAGUUUACGAAAUAUGCCGAUCAUAUGGUUUUUCUCCACUUUUCAUCUCAUUAGUUAGUACAAGGGCGAAUCCAGCACAUUUUUACGGCCAUGACACUUACUAUGGCUUAUGGUAGGUGUCACCUAUGGUUCAUAUAGGUAAAUUUAUAAAACUAAACUGUAACUUUUAUUUUUUCGAAACGUGUGGUUUUUGACUGCGAAUUCAUUGGUUGCCAAAAAGUAAGUUUAUACAGUUGUUUAAAUUUUGGUUGUAUAGUUAGAUUUAACGUAAACAAAAUAUAGUUAUUAAUCAGUUAUCACAGUAGCAGAUUUCAAGUAUAUUCAAUAUAAAAUUAUUAUGAAUUAUAAUACAUAGGAAUACAGUACGAUUCACUAUGCGUGUUCAUUCCAUUUUUUUUGAUUACAUUUUGCAUAUAUUCAAAUUAUGAUUUUUGGAACUUAAAUUUUCGAACACUUGGAUUUUUUACAACAUUUAAGGAGUUUCCUGUGGUGGUAAAAACUUUAGUUUUUCAAAAGAGAAUCUACAUUCAAAAUUCUAUAAAUAGACGGAGUAUUACAGUAAAACGUGUAUAAUAUGAACAGUUAUGGGACUAUAAAAAAAUGUUCGUUAUAGACAGGUGUCCGUAAUAAACAGGCAUGGGAAGUGACAUCGCAAAGAAAAAAUUAAAACGAAUAAAGAAAAAUGCACAACACGUUAUAAUAGCGAAGCGAUACGGAAUAGUACACUGAAUAGAACAAUAGUCUUUACCAUUUCGGACAAAAAACGGAUUAAAUACCUUUUCAGCGUAAUUCCAUACACAAAUACCGCAAAUAGCGGCUUUAACUACACUUGAAAAUCCCAAAAAUAAGAACUUGAUUAUAUGCAAAAUGUAACAAAAAAAAAAAAAAAUGGGAUGAACACGCCUCGUAAAUCACUCUGUAUAUAUUUUAUUUACGAAUUUACACUAAACUGAUUUUUAACGUAAGAAAUUGUAAUAAUGUAAAGAUAAACAUUAUUUUACGAGUAAAAAAAAAAAAUCACCAAGUGGGGUCAAUGGAAAUUUGGGUAGUAGAAAACAAUUUCCAUUUAAAAUCAAGUUACAGUUUGACAAACCUAAAUAACGAAUACUUAUUAAAUUAUGGAAUACCAUAAUAUUCCACGGCUCAUGAUUAUCAGUUCGUUUAUUAAGAUAUGUUUGAUAACCGACUGAAAAUUUGAUACUAUGUCAAACUAAUUGAUAUUUGAAAACACCAAUAUUAUUUUAUUUUUGUAGUUGCAAUUCAUUUUCAUUUACUCUAAGCCUGUAACAAGUAAAAACAUAUUGAUGUUUUUAUUAAUUUGCUUUAAUAGUUGAAAUUAUAAUACAGCACAUCCACGUAUGUCGCAUAUAGUUUACGAUGCCUAGCUGUUUAAACAAUCGAUAGAAGUGUUAAAUUAAAGGGUUAGUACAGAAAGCACAAAAAAAUAAAAUUAUGAUGUACAGUUAAUAACAAUUUAUAGACCUUACAAAUUUCAUUUUCAAUUACCCCUUUCGAUGCUAAAUAUAUUGAUGCUGCAUACCUAAUUUUAUUGUUAAAUAUGAAUGAUACGAAUGUAGUUUAAUGUCAUAAUUAACAAAGAACAAUUAAUUAACCAUUUUACACUUGAACAUUUAAAUAAUUGGGGACUUUGUUGGUGUACAGAAAUAAUAAAUUGUACUAUACCUAUAUUACGUAGGUACGAAAACUGUAAUACAUAUGAUAUCUUGAUCACUGCAAGAAAACUUAUAAUUCUAAUUUAUAAUAAUUAUUUUCACAGGCAUCUUUAAUGGACGACAAGUUAUUUUGGAUUAAAAUGUUAAACGAUAUGAAAGAAGACACGUCGAGACUUUCGAAAGUUGGUUUGGCCGAAUUAAUGGCCGAAUAUUUUUACUUGCCUAAAACUAUCAAAUUGAACAAUUCAAAAGACUUGUUUAAAAACAGUCUUUAA